AGGAGGAAUUAUUAGAAAUUUCGUGUAGUUACGAAGGGUUGUUGGACAACACCAAAACACUUGGUUGACGAUCUAUUGUUUCGUCAUUGUACACCUGGAAAUGCAGCUCGUCUCUCCUUGAAAUAGACGAAGUAUCACUUGAGAAGCACCAUGUUACCAACAGCUGGGUAUUUCCGUGGCAUAGCGUGCCCACUCCACGAGAAAAGCUAUUGUCAUCGUCCUUACUGCCACUUCCGCCACAACCCUAAGAAAGAUACUACAAGUUACUCUCCUCAGAGACCCACUUCCAAAACAGAUGUUGAGGGGGAUGAAACAGAUAGUACCAAUGAAGCUUCUAUGGAUUUGGCAGCUUGCAGCACUACAACAGUGAUCACAGAGAAUGAGAGCCCUGAGAAGCCACCACUUGAAGAAGGGCAGGAGGGACCAUCAGUAACUCACGAGGAAGAAGAUCAGUCGGACCUCCUGCAGCAACUUGUGAGCGAGGCAGUGAAGAAAGUAUUGGCCGAAAAUCCCAUUUUAGCAUCAUCGGGAGUUGACCCUUCAACAAUCAUGAAGAGCAUUGACACCUCGGCGCUCAUUGCUCAAGCCGCCCAAGUGAAUGCCAAGGCAAAGAAAAAAUUCUAUUUCCGUCCUCCUGAUACACCCAAAUAUAAUCCAACCCCCAUUGAAGAGCUCAACAAACGUAAGAGAUCUGCCGAUUACUCAGAGGAUUCUUUUGCUCCUAAGGCCAAGAUUGGUAAGUAUACCCCAACACCAAUCUCCACAGAAAACACUGUAGUUGAUAGUGCAGAAGUUGGACCAGGCUCUAAAGAAGAAGCUGAUGGUGAGAUCACGGAUUUUUCAUCGGAUGAAGAUGAGGAUCAGGUGGAUAAACGAAGAUGUGAUUUUGACAUCUUAGAAGAGGUUCUUGCUGAACACUCACAAAACAAUAAAAUUAAAGUAAAAAAGAAAAAGGGAAAGGCAUUAGGAAAACUCCAGUAUAGUCUAAGUAUUCCAGAGAAAAAUGUUGAUGAAUCUGCCAUGAUCUCUGAUGCAAGAAAUAUGUCUGAUCAAGAUAGUAAUACAUGUGACACUCUGAGGAUAAGCAGUGAAGCCAAAGUGCCAACAGAGGAGUCUUACUUUCUACCCCCUUCUCCUAUUUUUACAUCAUCUAGUGAUGGAUUCGGAGCAUUUAGUUCCAUAGUGUAUGCAAAAUCAUGUACAAGUCCCGAGGAGUGUGAGAGUAGUUCUGAUAUAAUUUUGAGUGAUAAAAAUGUAACUACGAGUCCUGGUGCAACUAGCAAUGCAGAAGAGAGUAAUACAGUUAAACAGCUUGAACCACAUGUGAAAGUUGAUAAAAAAAUAGUGGCCAAAGAUGACACUAAGAGAAAAAUAAAAGGUCACAUCCACCUCCCCCAAGUAGUCCACACGCUGGGUGCUCCAAAAUUAAUACGACCGAAUAUUCGCAACUGGACUCCCCAUGUUCGAAGUAAUAUGUCUGAUUCUAGGAAAGACGGUGACCCAUUGGAGGAAAUGUUAGAAUUAAUGGAUGGAAAUGAUGCUGCUGCCCAGGAAGAAUCUAAGGGGAACUCCAGACAGUCGCCAGCUUCAGGUGGUCAAGAGGUUGCAAGUACAAAAAAGACACACAAAUAUAAAGUAGAUUUAGAUAAGGAAAUAGAGAGCCUUACAAAUUCCCCUUCUAAAAGAGAUGAGUCAACUUCUCACGAUAGACUAGACUCAGCCAAGAAAGACCUAGAUAAACAGGUUGAAGAUUCAGAGAGCAACAACAAUGCACAAGAAAUAAGGGAAGCCACUCAAGUAAAUAUAGAAAAAACAAAACCAAAUCAAAAUAAAGAAAUUAAGACAAAUGCAUGUGAAACAAAUAAUAAGAAGCAUAUGAAGGAAAAAGAAACAAACUCUGAGAAUGAUCCUUUAGAUAAUCAAUCAGAUAAAAGCAAUAAUGAUUCUGUUGACAAAUGUAAACAAUCAGAGGAGAGAAUUGAGUCACAAGACAAAAGAUGCCUAGUAAAUAAAGGCAAAUCAACAGAAAAUAAAACAAAGGCAGUGGAAAAGAGUAUGAAUAAACACACAAAAGAAAAGAACAAAAAUUCCAAAAGUGAUCCUUUAGACAAUGAGUCAGAAGAGGAAUUUAAUAAUGAUGACGCAGUUGACAAAGGUGUGCCCACGGAGGACACCAGUGACUCAGAGAAGGAACAAACGAAACGCAAAAGGAAGAGAAAGCACAGUUACACUAGCAGCUCAGAUUCAGACCACUUUCAUCACCGAAAGAAGCGUAAAAAGUCCCACAAGCGUAAUCGUAAACACAACAGAACCAAAAAACGUAGGAAGCGUAAGAACAGUAGAUCCGAUUCUAGUGACAGCGAUGAAGAAUCGGAAAAAGAUGGUAAGGAUACUCAAGAUAGUAAGGACACUAAAGAUAAGGAUAGUAAAGAUGCUGCAGAUAGUAAAGCUAAUGAGAAAUGUGAAUCAAGUGGAGAGGGACACAAGGAGGAGGAGGAGGAAGAGGAGCAGGAGGAUAUAGUGAAACUUAAAAAACAUAAAAAACACAAGAAGAAAAGUAAGCAUCGUAGAAAGUUAAAACACAAGCGGAAGAAGAAAAAAUUGAAAUCCAAGAAAAAGGGUGGCAAAAAUAGCAGUAGCAGUAGUAGAAGCAGGAGCUCUAGUAGAGAUAGAAGUCGAAGCUCUAGCAGAAGCAGAAGUCGGAGUUCCAGUGUGCACAAAAGCAGAAGUUUAAGCAGAGAAGGGCGAAGAAGCUCUAGAAAAAACAAGAAGAGGAGUUCUAACCAACAUAGAAGCAGGAGUGCUAGCCAAAAUAGAAGCAGAAGUUCUAGCCAAAAUAGAAGCAGAAGCUCCAGUAAGGACAUUAGCAGAAGUUCUAGCAAGCUUAGAAGCAAAAGUUCCAGCAUCCACAGAAGCAGGAGUUCCAGCAUCCACAGAAGCAGGAGAUCAAAUGAUCAUAGAAGCAGAAGUUCCAGCACUCAGAGAAGCAGCUCUAGUGAUCAUAGAAGCAGUUCUAGCACACACACGAGUCCCAGCAAGCACAGGGAUAGGACUACCAGCAAAAGCAGAAACAAAGGGUCAAGCAAGCAUAGCAGUUCUAACAAACACAGAAGCAGGAGUACUAGCAAGCAGAGGAGUAGAAGCCUAAGCAAAAAUAGAAGCCAUAGUUCCAGUAAAAGUAGUGUCAAUAAAAGUCAAAGCAUCAGUAGAAGUGGCAAACCAGAGACAAGAAAGAACAGUAAUGCAAAUACAAAAAAUAAAAGCAAUAAAUCAUCCAAGGAGAGUGCAUACAUGGAGAAUUCUCAGCCAUUAUCAACUCCCAUGCCAGUUGAUCCAUCAAAAAUUAAAAUGGAGGUUGAAGAGUUAGUUCCUGAUUUGUCAAUUGUAAAGACUGAAAAGGUGGAUGAAGAAUUUGUAGAUGCACACAGCAAAAAGAAAGACUUGAAUAGUAUUGAGGAUGCAAACCAAAGGCAAAACUAUGUUAAUGAUAAAAGCAUGUACUCGAGUAACCAUAGAUCAUCCGGCGGAAUAAGAAAAGAAUCAGAAAGCUACAGAAAGAAGGACAAAGAACAAAUGAAAUUAAGCUCAAAUGCAGACAGUAAAAGGAGAAACAGCCAUGAGAGGAAGAAUUCUACUGAGAGCAUUUCUGAAAAAACACUGACCUCCAUUAGGCGAUCAAGUUCAGAUUCUAAGAAGAGUGAGACUGACAUCUCAUCUGACAAGAAGAAAGCAGAUAGGAGGCCCAGUACUGACAAAAUGAAAAAGGACAAGGUGUCAAACUCUUCAACAGAUUCUCAACCCAAAGUCAUGUCUAUGUUUGACAUGGUACUUGCAAACACUCAAACACCAAAGCCAAAAGCCUUCACCGAAAUAUCUAUAUUUGAUAGCGUGUGUGAUAACUACGAUGCCAAUACAGAUUCUUCGGCAGUGCAUUCUGAAGAUGAAGAAACGAACCAUAGAGGUUCUCGUAAUAGUAGAACUCAAGAGUCAUCCACCAACAAGAAAUCUCAAAGUCAGUCUGAUGCUAAAUCAAAAAUUGAGUCUGGACCCAGAACAGACAACACAUCUGAUCAUCAAAGACCCGAAGGGAAAACUCACUUGAGAUUAAGUCGCACUCACUCAAACUCAAGCUCUAAAGACGAGUCCAAGCAUUCACAUUCCUCAGCCAGCAAGCACAAUGCCAGCAGUCAUCACAGAUCUAGUAACCACCACAGUAGUAGUGGUAGCCAUAUCAGGGGUAGUGGUACUGGUAGCAGCUCUAGCAAAGCACAUCAAAGUAGCACUACCACCAGCAGCUCGUCAAGCAGUAAAAGCAAGAGAAAGGAAAGCAGAUCAGAGAGUUCUAGCAAUCAGUCUAGUAAGAGCAGCAAACAUCACCAAAGCAGUAAGAAGAGCAGUAGCAACAAACACAACAGCAGUAGCAGUAUCAACAAACAUGAAAGCACUAUUGGUAAUAAGGAGAAAGGAUAUACCAAUGCUGAUGCUAAAAAAUCUGGAAUGGACAGUAAGGUUGAUGAAGCCACCACGAGUAAACAUCCACAAGGGCAAGAAGAGUCAUCGAGUGGAAUUUCAGAUAGGGAAUCAUUUUUUUAUAAUGAUACAGGUAAUGAGUCGCCCUUACCGUACCUCUCAGAGCUUGAUGAGAUAACGCUAGACGACCUGGAGGAAAUGAUGAGCAGUUCAGAUAAAGUGGACCUGAGGCAUUUAGAGAACUUAGAGGAUUCUGAUGAUAAUGACCGCUAUGAGUUGGACAAAGAUGAUCCAGAAGUUAUGGAAGAGUGUUUGAAGAUGUACAAUGAAUACCAACCAACUCAGGAAGACUUAAAGGAUCACGCGUCAUCUAAAAAAGGAAGGUUGCAGUCUGUCAACGAAGAACCAGAUCAUCAAGGAAAGCAGCGUAUUGCACGAACAGAUUCAUGUGGAAACCUUAUUGCAAAAAAGCCUUUGCAGCGUAAAAAGACUCCUACACAGAUGAUGAUGGAGAGAUAUCAGAAGCUCAAGGAGCAAAAAGCUAAAUAUGCUGAGCUCUCAAGGAAUCAGAAACAGCAGCAGCGAGUUGGAGAGUCUUCUGCUAUGACUCUUAAGUCCCAUCCUUCCUCAAGUACACUCCUUAUGUCACCACCAAAUUCCUCACCAGGUGGAUUAAAACGGCGAAUCUCGCACGUACCAAAUGUCUCAUCGCUUCUCCAUGCUCGAGAAAGAAUCAAGAACUUGCCCCCUCCCAGUUCAAGAACACUGCUUUCUCCAAGUGUAGCUAAAGCCUCCGGUGCUAUCCCACAAACCACGGUUCAGACGGCCAAAGGUGGCAAGCGAAUAGCACACGUUCCCAGGACUGAAACACUGGCAAGACCUAUUAUCCCAGCUGAGUUUGGCAGUAAGGUUCCGCAGAAUAUUAGGCAACGGUACCUCAAUUCUUUAAUCGAUGAAUGCCUAAAGUUUACUGGAGAGAAGGAUGCCUUCAAUAUUGCUGCAGCUGAAGAACACACGUGUUACAAACGUGCAUCGUCUCGCAUGGUGUACUUAAACCUCACCGUUAAUGCCAUCAAGCGCUUGCGGACGCAGCAGAAGGCAGGAGAAGCUGCUCAGGAACUCCUUGAUAAAGACCCACAAUUUUUGCUGACUUUGUUGUUGAAGAAACAUCACUUCGGUUCGCCCUCAACUUCUAGCGCUGCAUCAUCACAAGGCAUUGGGGCAAAAUCCAACCCCACCAAUCUCAAUCAAGUGAAAUUGUCUCACUUCACAGUUCUGGCAGGUGGAGGGCAGAGGGGUUCCUGGAGCAUUGAAAAGCCCAAAAAAAUUACAAAUGUUUCCAAGAAUUUUUAAAAAGGUGAAGCUUUCUACAAGCUUAUGAUGAAGUAUGUCCUCUCAAGUGAGCAUCUUGAGCAAAAUGGAUAUCCAUUACCGGAUCCAGAUGUGAAGGGCAAAGCUAUUACAAAGGCGGUUGACACUCGCAAGAAAAUAAGUCCAAGCUCCGUUGAACGUUAUUGUGCCCGUUGCAGUGCACUAUAUAUGAUCGACAAGUGGGGAUUUCCCACGUCUGUGGGCCCCUGCGUUCACCACUGGGGUCGUGCCUACAAACGCAGAACUUACAGUGGUUUUGAAGCUCGUUAUUCCUGCUGUGGCGGAGAUCUGGAGUCUGAAGGUUGUUGCCAGGCCACCACUCACGUCUCCGAGAACUACAAUCCUAACGAGCUUCACGGCUACGUCCGAACACUUCCCAAAGAGAUCAAAGGAAACGACCCAGGAGUUUAUGCCCUGGAUUGUGAGAUGUGUUAUACUACUGGAGGAAACGAACUCACUCGAGUGACUGUCAUUAAUGUAGAAGGAAAUACCGUCUAUGAACAUUUAGUAAAACCAGAGAACCCAAUUAUUGAUUACAAUACCAGGUUUUCAGGGAUAACGGAAGGUGACAUGGUCGAUGUGAAAACAACAAUAUUAGAUGUUCAGGCAGCCUUGUUAACCCUAUUCUCAGAUAAGACUAUCCUUGUUGGUCACAGUCUUGAAUCUGAUUUUCAUGCACUCAAGCUGAUCCAUGACACUGUUGUGGAUACAAGUGUGGUGUUUCCACACAAGAUGGGUCCCCCUUAUAAACGUGCCCUUCGCAACCUAGCCUCGGAAUAUCUCAAAACAAUUAUCCAAAAUGAUGUUUCAGGUCAUGACAGUGCAGAAGAUGCUCUCACUUGCAUGCAACUAAUGCAGUGGAGAAUCAAAGAAGAUUUGAAAGGAUUGAAAUAGACAUUUUUAUUACCUUAGUAACAAAAAGUGAGAUAUUUUGAUAACACAAAUUAUAAAUGUGUUAAGCUAGUUGACAUUUUUGUAUAAUACUACUUCAUUCAUUAAUUUUCUUUUGAUUAAGAAAAUGAGUGUUAACAGUUUUUAAUAUAGAGUACAACACAGUACCAAAUACAAUGAGAUAUGUCUUCAUUGUUUCUUUAUCCAUGAACGUCAGUACUGUACAUGAACGAUGAGUAUCCAAAUUGUAAAUUAUACUUGCAUUGCAUACCUGGAUGAGGCUUGUUAAUGAAGAGUGACUUCAGCUGUUUUAAAAUUGAGUAAAACGGUGAGAAACUCUGAAAUCUUGACUCUGGAAAUCUUUCUUGAGGUUUCCUUUUGCCUAAUACCCACAUUUUUUACCAUAAAUAUAUAUUUGGAACUACUGCAUCACACUUAGGUAGUUUCUUUCAGUUGUAUGUAGUAAUCCACAUGUGGUAUUUAAGAAUAAAUUUAUUCUGCCUUUUAUUGAUCUAAUUUAUUUUGCUUCUCUUAAUUUUUGUAAUUUAAGAAAGUGCAAUUUUUCCAAUAAUGUGUAUGUGAUCUAACUCUAAUGAAUGUUUUCUUAAUGUUUUUUGUAAAUACUUGGAUUCUGAUCAUAAAAUAUUGAUUUUGGAAUGUUUGACAACAAGUUUGUGUUGACAAGGUUUUAGUUAUGCUGAAAAAUCCUCAGUGUAUCUGAACUUGUAUGUAUAUGUUUAAUUUGUUAUUUAAUUCUUUGCAGAGCAGUUCAUGCCUGUUUUUGUAUUGAAAUAACCUGUCAUUAUUUAAUAGUAUUGUAUCAUGUUAUUGUUGUAUCACAUCUUUUUUAAAUAUUUUGUUUUACUGACAUGUAAAAUAGUAGAAAUGUAUUUACCUCGUUUUUACCCCAGGGAAAAGAAUUGAAAGACUUGCUUAACAAAUGCACCAGAAGCAUUUAAAAGUUGUAUCGCCAAACCUAGUCGGGUGGUCGCUUUCACAGCUCUCAUGAGAAAGGGUGGGGUUCAGUUCUUGGAAGGAGGAUUUUGCUCAAGGUAAACCUAGCUGCAAGAGCAGCAUUUGUAUCUCUCAGUUAGUAGAUAGAGGAUUGAGCCUCCACCACUUGGCCCACGGGUUUAACACUUUGCAUAAAAUAAUAAAUAUUCUCUCUACUGGUAGUUCCUCUGGCCACUGCAUUAGCAAGUGGAUUAUAUAUUUUUUUUCAUUAUGUUUGGAUAGACAUUUGCAGAUUUAUUCCAUUAACCAAUUUUUAGUCUGCUCAUUCGUAUCUUGUUGAAUUCAGCAGUGCUUUCCUAAACUUUGACAUGGUACUCAUUUUAUAGGUUGUAUUUCAAAAAAUUAUUUCUGUUGUCAGACAGUUAACUGAGGCCCACUUAAAAAGAAUGUAUUUCUUUAAAACAUAAAUUAUCAUUUAGCAAUAUUUUUAUUACAUAUAGAAAGGCUGCAGCUGUGUAGUUUUUAUCUAUUUGUAUUCUGUCUUAGGUGGGUAGUAAAAGUGAAAUGGCUAUUGAUUGAGAUUAUACAUAAAUUAUUGCAUGUUUAUGAAUUCAAUUGAUAUAAAAAAUAUAUUUUUAUACUAAAUCCUGGACAAUUUUUUCAUCAAAAACUUGAGAUUGCAGAACUGUGAUGUAAUACAUUUUGUAAUACAUUUAUUGCAGAACUUUGUAACUGUAUAUAGAAUAGCUUUUAGAAAAUUCAGCCCCUUUGCUGCACUACAUAGAAGUGAAGAGAUCCCCACAAAAUAUGAAAAUUGUAUGAAUUUAUGUUUAAUUAUGUUUGAGGCUGCAGUGGGGUGAGCUCUAGCUGUUGGUCAGCUUUCUAACUAACUUUUUAACUGUGAAUGGGCUCUGUCAUAGCUUUGUUUGAGCCCCUGUAUGGAGUCUUGCUUCUGUCACUGUUCAGUUCUUUCUACUUAUCAUACUUAUAUUGAUAAAUUGUUUUAUGACAUCUAAAACUCACAUUUAGUAAUUUAAACCUCAUUCACAGUAUACAAUCACUAACCAUUUGAUGUUGUCCUAUCCUUGUAAACCUUGUGUAUGACCCAUAGUAUUUUGUAUUUUAUGAUCAUAUCUCCUCUUGUUCUUUAUUACUUCAUUGACAUAAGGCCUAGCGCUUACUCUCUCUCUUAUGGAUUCUUCAUCUUUCAAUGAACCGGCCAUAUCCCACUGAAGCACGGUGGCCCAAAAAGAAAAACAAAAGUUUCUCUUUUUAACUUCAGUAAUGUGUACAGGAGAAGGGGUUACCAGCCCCUUGCUCCUGGCAUUUUAGUCGCCUCUAAUGACACACAUGGUCUUCAUAGAUUAUUCCCUUUAAAUCAGGCACCAGUGUUGAUAUACUCCUUUCUGUUUUCUCAAGUUUCUAUUUGUGUUUUAUAAGGUAAUUGUUCCAUACCAGUAGCACUGGUUACUCAAGAAUGGCUUAUGUAUAUGAGGCAAGAGUGUUUUGAAUGAGUCUUUGUGUGUGUAUGUUCAACUCUGCUUAUUCUCUGUGUUGUAUAAACUGUAAAUAUUAUGUAGAGUUUUCAUACUAAAUCAAAUAAUUGUAUAUUGGUAAUUCUACUAACAUUAAUACAAAGAAUUGUAAAUAUCUUUCUAGCAUUAUACAAUAAUCAUUUAUUGAAAGCAUUAUUGCAUGUUGUAAGCCACUGAGCUUAGUGCUGUAAUAAGUGAAGCAUCAGGGGAAUGUUUAGUUGUCUUAUAUUGAAAAAAAAUUCAUUGGUAAUUCCACAUUUUAAUUAUAAUUCAAAAUUUCUAACCUUUAGUUUUUAAGUAAUCAUCUCUUCUAUGAAUAUACCUGGAGGGUACACC